CAUCGCACCUAGAAAAGCAUUGCGGUGAAUCCCUCAUCACUUUACCAAAGUCAUUAAGUCGCGUUUGGUGACCAGUCUCGGGUUAAGGUAUCUCUUUUUGCUUUGAAUUAAAAAUUAACAAAAAAAUACUCAACGAUGUCACAUUACAAGUUGACUUAUUUCAAUAUUACUGGUUUAGGCGAACCAAUACGUUUCAUAUUACAUUAUGGAGGAAUUAAAUUUGAAGAUGUUCGGAUAUCUUUUGAGGAAUGGCCUAAAAUUAAAUCCACUAUGCCACUUGGCACAAUGCCAAUAUUGGAGAUCGAUGGCAAAAGAUAUUAUCAAUCAAGGGCUAUAAUGCGUUUUCUAGCCAAAAAAUUUAAAUUAUAUGGAUCUGAUGAUGUUGAAGCAAUGGAAAUUGAUGCUGCUGCUUAUAGUAUAGAUGAUUUGGUAAACCCUUUAUCAGCUUACUUUUGGGAAGAGGAGCCAAAUCAAAAAAAGAGAUUGAAAGAAAUUGCAAUGCAAAAGAAGGAAUUUUUUCUCGAUAAAUUUGAAAAACAUGUAAAAAACAACGGAGGUUAUUUUGUAAAUGGAAAGUUAUCUUUUGCGGAUUUGUGGUAUGCUGCUUCUACCGACUAUAUGUCUCGUGGUUUGGGAUAUGAUGUAAACAAAGAUCAUCCAGAGCUUUCAAAACUAGUGGAAAAAAUUCGAAAUAUUCCUAGCAUCAAGGUCUAUUUGGAAAAACGUCCACUAGCCAAAUUAUAAAUUUUUUUUAAUAUAGUGUUAUAUAAGAGGUAAUAUAUUUCUCUAUUUUUGAUAACACUAGAUUCAUUCUUAUUUAUGAUAAAAAUUUUAUAAUUCUUUAAUGUAUU